AUGGAUGGUCGAAAAUGGAGUUUGUGUUUCAUAUCUCUCGUUUUUCUCUUCAUCACUUCCUCUUCCGCUGAGUUGCUCAUUCAACAGGUCACAGAGGGCAGAGGAACAGAGUACAACAGUUCUUACCGUCUAGAGGCGAAUCUUGGAGUGACAAGAGUGUUGAGAGAUGAGCGACCAUCGAGUAAAAUUGUGACAAUAACAAGCUGCUCUACGAUUAAGGGGAGAGGAGAACCCUAUGAGUCCUCCGUUUUUGAGGCUGCUGGUUACAAAUGGAGAUUGGUUUUGUACAUGAAUGGUAAUCAAAACGACGGUGGAAAUAAUCAUAUUUCACUUUACGUGAGGAUCGAAGAUACCGGAUCUCUUCCUAGUGGCUGGGAAGUCAAUGUUGAUCUCAAACUCUUUGUCCACAACCCCAAACUGCACAAGUACUUGUCUGUUACAGAUGGAACAGUGAAGCGAUACGACAAUGCGAAAAAAGAGUGGGGAUAUGGACAAUCGAUUCCUCUUUCAACAUUCUACAACACGAACGAAGGUUACACCGAAGGCGACAUUUGUGGUUUUGGUGCUGAGGUCUUAAUCGUUAACCCGGCUCAACAACAAGAGAAAGUCACAUUUAUAUCAAACCCUCCAGACAAUGUUUUCACCUGGAAGAUACUUCGUUUCUCCACUUUGGAAGAUAAAUUUUACUACUCUGACGAUUUUCUCGUUGGAGACCGAUACUGGAGAUUAGGAUUUAACCCGAAAGGGACCGGAGGAGGAAGAUCAAAUGCACUUCCCAUCUUCUUCUACGCACAAGGCUUUAAGCCAAAUGCAGUCGCUACAAACACUUGGGGAGCAGUUAAUCUGCGGUUAAAGAAUCAACGAACCUCCAACCACAAACAAAUAUAUUCUGCAGCUUGGUAUCCGAUCCGACCCGAUUAUGGUGUGGGAGUGUACACUAUCAUUACGUUUGCAGAAUUAAACGAUGCAUCAAAGGGAUAUUUGGUGAACGAUGCCAUUAUCUUUGAAGCUGAAGUGGUUAAGGUCUCUGUGACCAACAUCGUCUCUGCCUAA